AUAGAACCUUUUACUAUUGGUUUUAAUUCCCUUUGCAAGGUCCAACUCUACUUGACUUUUAGCCUUUCUCACUUUAUCCCUACAUGUUCUGACCUCAAUAAGGUAGCUUUCCUUAUUGAUCCCUCCCAUCUUCCACUCCCUGUAUGCUUUCUGCUUUUUCUUAAUCACCUCUCUGAGAUGCUUGCUCCUCCAGCUUGGUCUACAACUCCUGUCUGUGAAUUUUUCCCCUUUCUUGGGAUGCAGGCUUCCGAUAGCUUCCGCAGCUUUGACUUGAAGUAAUCCCAGGCCUCCUCUGCCUUUAGAUCCAUAAGUUCUUCAGUCCAAUCCACUUCCCUAACUAAUUUCCUUAAUUUUUGAAAGUCAGCCCUUUUGAAAUCAAAAAUCCUAGUUGCAGAUUUAUUUUUGUUAAUCCUUCUGUUCAGUUUGAACUGAAUUAGCUCAUGACCACUUGAACCAACAUGGAGGCUUGGGGCUUCCCUUAGUGUUGCCAACUUUCUAAUUGCACAAAACUGAACACCCCUGCCCCACCCCUUCUCUGAGGCCCCAACCGCCACUCACUCCAGCCCUAUCCCUGAACCGCUCGCUCCCCCCACCCUCACUGGGCUGGGGCAGGGGGUUGGAGUGCAGGAGGAGGUGAGGGCUGCAUGGUUGGGGCCAGAAAUGAGGGGUUCAGGGUGCAGGAGGGGGCUUUGGGUGGGGCAGGGGUGCAGGAGACGGUGAGGGCUCCAGCUGGGGUGUGGUGGAGGAUGAGGUGUUUGGGAUGCAGGAGGGGACUCUGGGCUGGGGCCAAGGGGAUUGGAGUGUGGGAGUUGGCUCAAGGCUGGGGGAGGGGGUUGGUGUGCAGAAGCGGGUUCAGGGUGCUGGUUCUGGCUAGGCAGCACUUACCUCAGGUGGCUACCGGUGGGUGGUGCAGUGGGGUUAAGGCAGGCUCCCUGCCUGCCCUGGCUCCACGCAGCUCCCGGAAGUGACCGGCAUGCCCGGCCCUUAGUCGAAGGCGUGGCUCGGCAGCUCUGUGCGGUGUGUGGUGCCCGUGCCUGCAGGCGCUGCCCUUGCAGCUCCCAAAGGCUCCCAGCCAAUUGGAGCUGCGGAGCUGGUGCUAGGGGCUGGGUCAGCACAUGGCGCUUCCCUAGGGGCCACAGGGACAUGCUAGGUGCUUCUGGGAGCUUCACGGAGCCUGCCUUAGCCCUGCUGCGCCGCCAACCGGGCUUUUUAACAGCCUGGCAACCCUAGCUUCCCCCUGCAGUGGGGCGAGCCGACAGUCCCGGCUCCAGCCCCGCGGGGGAGCGCCGAGGCUGGGGGCUUCUGUGCCACGGCGCCAAGACUUGCUGUGGUGUGGAUGAAAUUAAGCAACGGGUCGGAUCUGGCCCGCGGGCCAUAGGUUCCCCACCCCUGGUUUAGGGCACCGCUCAGGGCACUCACUGGUGUCCAGAUGUAACAAACAUGGUUAAUGUGGUACCCCCCCCCCCAAUGGACAGCUUUGGCAAUCUGCACCAAGUGGUAGGAGUGCUGGAACAGUUUUUAUAAUGGGAGUGCUGAGAACCAUUCCGCCAAAUUAUACUGGAAACCACUUCAAGCCAGGGGGUGGGGCAGCACCCCCCACCCCCUUCGUUCCAGCAGCCUCUCUGCCGGUGUAGCGUCUGCUCUUCUUUCACCAGAAACCCAGCGCCCCGCCAGCCGUGCCCCACAGGCUGCGUGAAAUCCGGCUGCGCCCCCUCCCGGCUGCGGUCCGCACCGCUCCCCGCACAGGCGGCUGUUCCUACGACUGUGUCCCCUCCCUCUCCCGCCAGCUCCCGGCUCUUCUACUACUGCACUCCCUCCCCCGGCUGUUCCGACUUCCCGGCCCGCUCACCCUUAUCCUGGCUGUUCCUACGACUGCACUCCCUCCCCCGGCUGUUCCGACUUCCCGGCCCGCUCACCCUUAUCCUGGCUGUUCCUACGACUGCACUCCCUCCCCCGCCUGUUCCGACUUCCCGGCCCGCUCACCCUUAUCCUGGCUGUUCCUACGACUGCACUCCCUCCCCCGGCUGUUCCGACUCACGGCCCGCUCACCCUUAUCCUGGCUGUUCCUACGACUGCACUCCCUCCCCUGGCUGUUCCCACUGCUACACGGCCCGCUAGCCCGAACUCUCCCGGCUGUUCUUACGACUGCUCAGUCGCCCGGCUGUUUUUGCAAGUGCCUCCUCCCCCUUCUUGCUUUUCGCUCCCCGACCGGAAUUCUCGCGAGACUGCUCGUGGCGCUCGGGAGAAAUUUGAACUCGGUAACGGUAGCAGCGCGGGAGCUGUGGCCGGGGCGCGAGGGCCGGAGCGGGGCCGACACCGACCGACGCGAUAGAUCAGCGCUUCCCAGCCCGGGGCCCGGCAGCAAUGGGAGCGGAGAAGAAGCUGCUGCAAAUCAAAGAUGCGUUCGAGAUGGCUCAGAAACCUCAUCAGAACCAUGCAAAGCUAGUGGCAGCUUUGAAGCGUACCUACAAUCAGCUGAAGGAUAGGAUGGUUUUUCAUGAGGAGUUUGUUCAUUACCUUAAGUAUCCUAUGAUAAUCUACAAGCGGGAACCAGCAGUGGAACAAGUGAUAAAUUUUGCAGCUAAGUUUGUUACUUCAUUUGAUCAGCUGGAGAAAGAAGAUGGUAAUGAGGAAGAAGAAGAAAACUCACUUCUGAGUUAUUUGUUUAAUUUUCUGCUUGAGUCUCACAGUGCGAACAGCCAUGCUGUUAGACUUCGAGUGUGCCAGCUUGUUAAUAAGCUUUUGGGAAGUAUGCCAGAAAAUGCCCAGAUUGAUGAUGAUCUCUUUGAUAAAAUUAAUGAAGCCAUGCUAAUUAGACUGAAGGAUAAGAUUCCAAAUGUGAGAAUCCAAGCUGUACUGGCAUUGGCUAGACUUCAGGAUCCUAGUGAUGAGAACUGUCCUGUGGUUAAUGUUUACAACGCUUUGCUUGAAAAUGAUUCAAGUUCAGAAGUGAGACGUGCAGUGUUGUCAUGUAUUGCCCCAUCAGCUAAGACUUUGCCAAAAAUUGUAGGCCGCACUAUGGAUGUAAAAGAGGCUGUCAGGAAACUGGCAUAUGAGGUUUUGUCAGAAAAAGUUCACAUGAGAGCUUUGUCCAUAGCUCAGAGAGUAAAACUACUGCAGCAAGGACUUAAUGACAGAUCUGAUGCUGUUAAGGAGGUGGUGCAGAAGAAACUUCUUCAAGCCUGGUUACGGUUGACUGAGGGGGAUGUCUUAGAAUUGCUUCAUCGGUUGGAUGUAGAAAACUGCCCCAAAGUGGCUGUCUCAGUGCUUAAUGCCAUGUUUUCGUUAUCUCCACUUAAUGACUUAGUUCAAAAUUGCAAAAACCUUGAUAACAGGAAAUUGAUUCCAGUGGAAGAUCUAACUGCUGAGAGUGCUUUAUAUUGGAGAUCCCUUUGUGAGUAUCUAAAAUCAAAAGGGGAGGAAGGUGAAGCUUUGAUGGAGCAGAUUUUGUCAGAACCUGCCACAUAUGCAGAUUAUCUGUUGAGUUACCUUCAGAACAUGCCAGUUCUGAGUGAAGAACAAAGGGAAGAUUUUUCCUGUAUUGAAAACUUGUUGACAAAAGAAUUUAUAGGUCAGCAGUUGAUUCUUAUUAUAGGCUGCAUGGAUACCACUGAAGAGGGAGGAAGGAAGCGUCUACUGGCUGUCUUGCAGGAGAUUCUUAUUCUACCUACUACUUCAACAUCCCUUAUAUCUUCACUUGUCGAGAGAUUGCUCAGCAUUAUUAAAGAUGAUGACAGGAGAAUUCAUACUGUUGCAGAAAUUAUCUCAGAGGUUCGUGAGCCCAUUGUUACAGUUGACACUCCUAUAGAUGCAGCUGAAAUAAGAAAGCAACAACUUAAGCUGGCUGAAAUAAAAGUGAAACUUUUGGAAACAAAAGAAGCUUUGGAGGAAUGUGUUACUCUGCAGGAUUUUAAUCGUGCAUUGGUGUUAAAAGAGAAAAUAACAGAGCUGGAAUGCAUUAAGAGUGAUCUGAUAAAAGAAGCAGAACAGCCUGAAAUUAAAGAAAUGCGUGUGGAGAAGAAUGAUCCUGAAACACUACUGAAGUGUUUACUGAUGUGUUAUGAACUCCUCAAGCAGAUGUCCCUUUCUAAAGAAAUAGGCCCAACAAUGAAUGGGAUCAUUGAAUCCUUGAUACUUCCUGGAAUAACUAAUGUCCAUCCAGCUGUAAGAAAUAUGGCAGUUUUAUGUUUGGGUUGCUGUGCUCUGCAGAACAAAGACUUUGCCAGUCAACACCUUGCAUUGCUGCUACAGGUUUUACAAAUUGAUGAUAUAAAGGUAAAGCGAAGUGCUUUAAAGGCAGUCUUUGACCAGCUGAUGUUAUUUGGGAUAGAAACAUUCAGAGCAAAAAAAGUCAAUGAUUCUCACAGUGAAGAAACAGAGAUUAGAAGUGGAGAUAUUGAAGAGGAGGAGACUAAAAUAAAAGAGUUGGAAGAAGAGACUGCCACUGUUCACAACCUCCUACAACUUCUUUCCAGUUUCUUAGACAGCGAGUUUUCAGAACUCAGGACAGAAGCUGCAGAAGGUCUGGCCAAGUUGAUGUUCUCUGGGAGAUUAAUUAGUGCCAAACUUCUUUCUCGUCUCAUUUUGUUGUGGUAUAAUCCAGUGACAGAAGAGGAUACUCAACUUAGACACUGUCUGGGAGUCUUCUUCCCUUUAUUUGCUUAUGCAAAUAGGACUAAUCAGGAAUGUUUUGAGGAAGCCUUUCUUCCAACUCUGCGCACACUGUUUAAUGCUCCUGCAUCUUCACCUUUGGCUGAAGUAGAUAUUGCUAAUGUUUCUGAACUGUUAGUGGACCUGACAAGACCAAGUGGACUGAAUCCUCAGGCCAAAAAGUCCCAGGAUUACCAAGAUUUAACAGUGCAUGAUAGCUUAGCCGUGAAAAUCUGCAAUGAGAUCUUGAUAGACCCAACUGCACCAGAUGUUCGUAUUUAUGCAAAAGCCUUGAGUUCAUUAGAACUCAGUAAAUAUUUCACAAAAGAUCUUCUGGUCCUACUUGAGGAGAUCCUUGAGAAGGUCAAAGAUAAGUUGUGUCAAAGAGCGAUUGAGAAAUUCAAGAUGAAUUUGAAUUUAAGCAAAGGAAAUUAUUUCGACAAAGACCGCUCAGAAGUAGAACAGGAAACUGGCACCAUAACAUCUGAGCAUGUUAAUCCAAAUGAGGAAGAAAAGAAUAAAGAAGCUGAUCAAAGUCCUGUUAAUGAACAUAAAGAUAAUGCACCUACAAAGCAGAAAUCUACAAGAAGCAAAGCUAAUAGAGGGCAGAGAAAAGUCAACACAGAGGCUAGGUCUGUGAACAUGAGAAGAAAUCGUAAAACGGUAGCGUCUGACAGUGAAAGUGGUGAUGAAGUUCCAGAACCAGUUACAUUGCCAAGUUCAAGACCUUCAAGACGAGCAAAAACAGCAGCACUUGAGAAAACUCGAAUGAAUCUCUCAAAGCUUCUGAAUGCAGAAGCAGAUGAUUGAAGAUGAGAGCAAGCAAGAGAAGUGUCCUUCAUGAAAGCCAGCUCUUCACAAGACUUACAAAAAUAAGCUUUGUUUUACGGUCAAUCCAGUUUUUUUAAAUCUUUCUAUAGUUGUAAAAACAUGAAGUUCCCAGGAGCUUUACAAUAUUUUAAAUUAGGGUUAAUUUUGACAAUCACUCCUUUGUUAGAUGCAUAUUUUCUCUUUGUGUAAUAAAAGUAUGUCUGUCUUAAACCUGA